AUGAAACCUUACACCUAUAUACAUCGUGUGUCUUAGUUGGAUGACAUGGAUGAUAACUCAGUGUUAUCUAAAUCGAAGUUGCAUGGAUUCUACUAUUAUGUAUAUAUGUUGGGAAUCUAUUACCUAUUUGAUCUCAUCUAUUUUAAUUAGUUGGGUACUAUAUUAGCAAAUUCAUCAACGGUAUCUGCAAUACGUAAGGAGGGCAUUUUAAUGUUAAUCUGGGCUGUUUAUUCAUUCACAUAUCCAUACACAGUUUACUUUGCCCAUAAAUUUGGUUAGAAACUGUUGGUAGCAUUAUUUAUAUCACUUCCCUUUAUGAUAUUUCCGUGGGUUACUAUUAAUUAUAAAUUGGGCUUUAUACCUGGAGCCUUCGUAGGUAUAAUGGCAAAUAUUGGAUUUAUGAAGGAAGUUUCAUACAUCAAACAUUGUAAAAAGCCAAUUGGAUUGUGGGAAUUCUUUGUUUAUAUGAUUACUCCUGCUUUGGUAUUCUAUCACGAUUACCCGAAAACAAAGAAGAUAAGAUUAGUUUAUUGUUUAGCGAAGUUAUUUAAUAUAGUUUAUUUUAAUAUCCUCGGUGCAGUAAUAAUAGCUAAGCACAUAGAACCAUCAAUAAUUGGAACUUAAGAUUAUGUGCUGUAAACAAUAUUGUUAAUAUUCCCUUUGGCUAUAUUUUGGAUCUUGCUUUUCUUCCUGACAUUUGAGAACAUUUUAAAUUUAUUGGCUGAAAUAACUUAUUUUGGUGAUAGAGAAUUCUACCAUGAUUGGUGGAAUGCAACAACCUUUGAGGAAUUCAAUGCAAAAUGGAAUACAGUAGUAUAUGCUUUUUUGCAUACUCAUGUAUAUUUGUAAUUGCAAGAAUGGAAAGUAUCUCGUGUAUGGUCAAAGAUACUGACUUUUGCAUUUUCCGCCUUGCUUCAUGAGAUAAUUUUGAUAGCAGUUUUACGAUAGUUUACACCUUUUAUGACAUUCAUAAUGCUGUUACAAGUGCCAGUAAUGAUGGUUUUGAGAUUCCUUAAGAAUACAAGGAUUGGACUAAUUUAUUUUUGGUUCAGUCUUUUACAUGGAGUUCCAAUUAUCGCCAGCUAUUACGUAUUGAUUUGA